AUGGGUGCUCUCCUUUCCCUGCCGCUGCUGGCGGUGCCCAGCGUGGGCACACGUGGCGACUCGAAUUGCCUACGCCCUCAUCCUGCUAGUGAACUCGAUACUAUCGUGGAUAAUGCUUACGCCGUGGGCGAUCAACAAACUACAACAUUUGACCCUCGACUAUAUGACGAUAAGCUGUGGGGAUGGAGAGUGUCAUGGAUGGGUUGCGGUCCAUCGGAUCAACUUCGCCCUGGGCGUCUUCCACAUCAUAAUGGCCGUGCUUCUACUCGGGUCGUUCUUACGUUCCUCAUUCCGGAAUCAUUCUUCGCCUUCUGGGGAAACUAUGUCGCUUUAUUCGGAGCCACCCUCUUCCUUCUCCUCGGCCUCAUUCUCUUGGUCGAUUUGGCUCAUUCGUGGGCAGAAUACUGCCUUGAGCAGAUUGAUGCAACCGAUUCCCGCGUGUGGAGAGGAGUCCUCAUCGGAUCCACUUUGGGAAUGUAUGCGGCUUCCCUUGCCAUGACCAUCGUCCAGUAUAUAUUCUUCGCUGCCAGCGGGUGCUCUAUGAACCAGACUGCCAUCACUCUCAACUUGGUAUUCCUAGUUCUUGUCUCUGGCAUCUCCGUCCAUCCUGCGAUUCAGGAGUACAAUCCUAAGGCGGGGCUUGCCCAGUCGGCUAUGGUUGCAGUCUACUGCACAUAUCUCACCAUGUCAGCUGUUUCCAUGGAGCCAGAUGACAAGAACUGCAACCCUCUCAUUCGAGCCCAAGGCGCCCGAACGACUUCCGUCGUGAUUGGUGCUAUUGUCACCAUGUUAACGGUUGCCUACACCACUACCCGAGCUGCAACCCAAGGAGUUGCUCUCGGAGGCAAGGGCAACAGCAUCAGAUUGCCAGAGGACGAUGAGCAUGAUCUCGUCACUCAACAACCGGAUUCCCGCCGGGAAAUGCGUGCCGCAGCUUUGCGCCAGGCCGUUGAGGAAGGAAGUCUUCCAGCAGAUGCACUUUUGGACGACGACGAUGACAGCGAGAGCGGGAAUACCGCGAAAGACGACGAACGAACCUCAACACAAUACAACUAUGCGCUCUUCCACAUCAUCUUCUUCCUUGCAACUGCCUGGGUCGCAACCCUCCUUACCAUGAACAUGGAGGAUUGGGAGUCUAGUGAUUUCGCUCCCGUUGGAAGAACUUAUUGGGCUAGCUGGGUCAAGAUUGUCAGUGCUUGGGUCUGCUACGGGAUUUAUAUUUGGACUCUCGUCGCACCUAUUGUAUUACCUGAUAGAUUCGACUUCUCUUAA